GUGUCACUUCAAGUUGGCACAUCGCAUAAUUGUGGUGGGUCAAUCAUUGGAAAGGAGUGGGUAUUGACCGCGGCCCAUUGUACUAACAGCACCGGAUCAUAUUACGUUCGUGUUGGCUCAUCGCGUUACGCAAGCGGUGGUUCAACUAUCAAAGUGAAGAAGGUUUACCGUCAUGAGAAAUACAAUGCCAGCAUCACCGAUUUCGACUUCUCGCUGUUAGAACUGGCCGAACCACUGUCAUUUGGGGAUGCAGUGAAACCAAUCGCCCUACCAAGCGAAGAUAUUAAAAUUGCAGAUGGAGUCGAAGUGCUGGUUUCAGGAUGGGGAGCAACGCAAAACUCAAGUGAUUCGAAUGAAGUACUCCGUGCCGUCUAUAUUCCCAUUGCCAAUCAAGAGUACUGUAGCGAACAAUAUAAAUAUUUAGGCCGACCAAUUACCGAUCGAAUGAUCUGUGCUGGUUUUGUCAAAGGCGACAAAAGCCCAUGCUAUGGCGAUAGCGGCGGCCCAUUAUCUGUUGAAAGUGAUGGAGAUCGUGUUGUGAUUGGAGUUGUGAGUUGGGGGAAAGAUUGUGGUGCGCCAAACUAUCCUGGAGUCUUUGGUCGAAUUACAUCCGUUCGUCCAUGGAUUAAAAGUUUAUCGGGAAUUUAACCGUUUAAAAUCAUAGUUCAUCUAAAGCGAAUCUUCUUCGAACUCGAUUGAUUUGAAUACAAAAUUGUAUUUUUUUUCUCAAUAAAUACUUCGAAGGGAA